UUAAACACGUCUCUGACCUGCUGCUAUUGGUGAUCUUUCCAGAACUGUGUUCCACAACUAGAAUAGAAUCUAUUACACAACCAAAGCAACUACUUGUACAAGUAUCAACUCAGACUCGUGCCCCCACAAAAUGAAAUACAGAUUUCUCAGUCUCACAAAACGUUCUAACACUUGCUUGAUGUCCCCUGGACCACCUUCUGUUGCUACUUCACCGCAAAUUAUUGAGCCCCAGUUGAAAUUCUUGGAAAGAGAGCACACCCAUUUGAGGCGCCCCAAUUAUACCAAAAGCCAACCAGCAUCGGGAAUAAAGUCUUUGAGGUUUCCUAGAGUACUGAUUCAAGAACCUACAAUCAGCCAACAGACGAGCACUGUAAAAACUCAGGAUGGGAAUGAUCUGUUUAAUGAAAUGAAACAUCGAUUUCUGAGUUUCAAGAAAGACAAGUACUUGGGAAACUUGACACACUAUCAAAAUCUUGCCAAAAUUCAGACCCCAAAGUUCCUCGUGAUUGCUUGUGCAGAUUCAAGGGUUUGUCCCUCCAAUAUAUUAGGAUUUCAACCUGGAGAAGCCUUUAUGGUCCGGAACGUGGCGAAUUUGGUACCCCCGUUUGAGAAUGGACCUUCAGAAACCAAGGCUGCUCUUGAGUUCUCAAUAAAUACUUUAGAAGUUGAAAAUAUACUGGUAGUUGGGCACAGCUGCUGUGCCGGCAUAAGUGCGCUAAUGAGCAUGCCAGAUCAAACAGAUUUAAGUAGCUUCACUAAUAGCUGGGUAAUAACUGGGAAAAAUGCAAAGUUAAGCACAAAGGCUGUUGCUUCGGAUCUCAGCUUUGACCUGCAGUGUAAACACUGUGAGAAGGUAUCAAUCAACCAUUCGCUGUCAAAUUUGCUCUCUUAUCCAUGGAUAGCAGAAAGGGUGUCUAAAGGGGUGCUUUCUAUUCAUGGUGGAUACUACGAUUUUGUCAACUGUACAUUUGAGAAAUGGCAACUUGAUUACCAAAGUAAUAGCCCGAAGAACGUUAGUGGUAGAUACGCAAUCAGAAGCAGGGAAUUUUGGAGCUGAAUAAUAUUGUUGUAUCAUUGUUGUAAUUGCUUGCUGGCUGUUGUAUAUUAUGUACAUAACACUAAUACUACACAAUUGACUCUUGUUGUAAAUCUUAAUUGGAGACGCUAAUUAAAAUACUUAAAUCGAUCAGUUUCAAAUAUUAAAGCAAA